UGAGAACGGCAUAAAAAAUGGCUGGUGGUCAAACCUCAAGUGGUGGCUUUUCUGGGUCACUCCCAACUGCAACCGACAGCUCCACUGCUAUGGGCUCUUCAAGCGUGCCUCAACGAUUGGUUCCCCGAAAUGCCCGUGGAAACAAGGCUGAUGUGGGAUGGAAGUAUGGAAUUUCAGUUCAAGGAACUGUGAAGAUUCAAUGCAAAUUCUGCCAAAAGGUAUUCAAUGGAGGGGUUUAUCGCCUAAAACACCACUUGGCUAAAACAAAUCAAAAUGUUGAAGCUUGCAAAUUUGUUCCUGAUGAUGUGAAUAAAGAGAUGAUGGAGAUUAUUACUUCCUUGAUGAAAAAAACAGCUAACAGAAAUGGCUCUUUGGAAAUUGGUGAAAAGAGAAAAGCCAUUGAAUGUGAUGAAAUUGAGAGUGCUGGGAUCGGACAGCUUUGCAAGAAAAGGGGUGUAGGUUCACAGGCCACAAUAAACAGCAUAUUCAAGAAGGGUAUAAGAGAGGAUGCAUGUCAAGCAAUUGCAAGAUUUUUCUACAACAAUGCCAUAGCUUUCAAUGUGGCAAGAAGUGAAGAAUUUCCUGCCAUGUGUGAGUUAAUUGCACAACAUGGUUCAGGAUUUAAGCCACCCUCUUAUCAUGAGAUUAGAGUGAAGUAUUUGAAGCAAGAAGUGCAGAUGACAAUGGAAGUUAUUGAAGAACAUAAAACUGUUUGGAAGAGUGUUGGCUGCACAAUAAUGACAGAUGGGUGGACUGAUAAAAGGAGAAGAACCAUUCUGAAUUUCUUAGUGAACAGCCCGAAAGAUACAGUGUUUUUGAAGUCAAUUGAUGCUUCCCACAUCACCAAAACAGCUGAUAAAAUAUUUAUGAUGCUUGAUGAAGUUGUGGAAGAGAUUGGUGAGGAAAACGUAGUGCAAAUUGUAACUGAUAAUGCAGCAAAUUAUAAAGCUGCUGGGGAGAUGUUAAUGGAGAAAAGGAAGAAUUUAUACUGGACUCCUUGUGCUGCACAUUGCAUUGAUUUAAUGCUUGAAGAUUUUGAGAAAAAAAUACCCCUCCAUGAGGAAACAAUUCCAAAGGGCAGAAAAAUUACAACUUAUAUUUAUUCAAGGACUUCUCUCAUUUUAUUAUUACAACGCUUUACAAAAGCAAAAGACUUGGUGAGACCAGGUAUCACUCGAUUUGCCACUUCAUAUUUAACUUUGGGAUGCCUUCAUGAGAACAAAGGAGCUCUUUUAAGAAUGUUCUCGUGUGAAGAAUGGAAGUCCAGUAAGUUUUCUAGGACAAGAGAGGGAAAUUUGGUAGAGGAAGUUGUUUUGGACAAUGGGUUUUGGAAGAAUGUUCUAAUUUGUUUAAAGGGUGCAUAUCCUUUAAUUAAAGUCCUUCGUUUGGUUGAUUCAGAUGAGAAGCCAGCCAUGGGCUUUGUUUAUGAGGCAAUGGACCAAGCUAAAGAGGCUAUCAAUAUAGCUUUUAAUGGUGUCAAGAAAAGGUAAUUGAUUAUCUAUCAAAUUUAGAUAAUCCCUAAAAUUUAGUAGUCUUUUAUUCAUUUUUAAAAGAUUAACUUAUUUUAUUUAUUUUUUAGUUACAUGCCUCUAUGGAAUAUCAUUGAUAAUAGAUGGGACAAACAACUUCAUAGGCCUUUACAUGCUGCUGGCUAUUUUCUCAACCCACAGUUACAUUAUAGUCCUGGAUUUAAAAUUGAUCUUGAAGUUAAACGAGGACUGUAUGAUUGUAUGGUAAGGAUGGUGCCCGAUAUUGAGGAACAGGCCAAAAUUGAUGUUCAAAUUGAUGAUUUCAAGAAACAGCAAAUGUUUUUCGGUAGUCCCUUAGCUAGAGCAACACUUCUGAAAAAGAAUCCAACUGAUUGGUGGGAGUCAUAUGGAGAUGAACAUCCAGAGCUUCAAAAGUUUGCCAUUCGUGUAUUAAGUUUAACAUGUAGUUCCUCUGGAUGUGAACGUAAUUGGAGUGCAUUUGAGAUGGUAAGAUUUUUAGUAAAGUUGUUUUCAAUUAUCUACAUUCUACAAGCUUACAUAUUGCUUAUACAUAUUUUAAUGUGUUUAGGUCCAUACUAAAAGGAGAAAUCGUUUGAAGCAAAAGACAAUGAAUGAUGUUGUCUUUGUUAUGGCUAAUUCAAAAUUAGUAAAAAAAAAGCAACUUAGGAGAGCUCGUGAGUUAGAUCUUGAUGAUGUUUCAUCUGAUGAUGAGUGGAUUGCAGAAAAUGAUGUUGGAGAUAUUGAAGGGUUGGAUUUGGAUGCACACAAUUUGGACUUGGAUGGAGAUGAGACCUUAGCCCAAAACCAAGAUGGAAACAAUGUUGUUGAGAAUGAUGUUGAUAUGCUAAAUUUGGAUAAUGAAGUUGAUGGAGAUGAAGAUGAAUACAAUAUGGUGGAUCUUUAUGAUUUUAAUGUGGCACAAUUGUUAAAUU